AUGGACAAUACUUCGAUACAAGGCUCUUCCCGCGUACCUAAGGCCUUCGAGAAGCGUCGUGCACAGAAUCAGUCGGACGAUACUGCGGCUUCUUCGAGAGCUGUCUCCUUGGAGCAGGCCAUUAUAGCUAACCUUCACCUAGAAGAAAGGCUUGAAGCUGAAACUCAAGGAGAAACAAUCGAGGUCUGUCUCAAGCGAAUGCUUUCAACCAAGUCAACAAUCUCCACGACUUCGUCUUUUGCGAAGCGUCAGCAAGCAGCAGUUGGCGUUGCUGCAAACUUCCGGGAGAUCGGUACCGGCUCCAUCGGCAAAGUGUUCGAGCAUCCCGGCACCACGUUCGCCUACAAGCUGCCUCUCACGAAGCAGGAUGAUAAGUUGUGGAAUAACUACAUCAUGCACAAGCGAAUUGAGACCGCGUUCAAUUCGCUUAAGUUCUAUCCUGGACAGGUUGAAAUUCCAAGAUGUUUCUGGUUCGCCACGCCGACCUCCCACAGCUUUUGGGAGGAGAAUCUUGAACUGUUUCCAGAUAUAUCUGGAUUCCCCCGCGAGCCCAAUCACAUUCUCUGUAUGGAAAGGAUCUUCCCUCUUCCGAAGCCCGUUCGUCACUGUCUAAUUGAGAAGUUCUGUCCGCCUCAAGGACGAGAGCAGUUGAUGAAGAGCGAGGCCAACAAGGACUGCUUAGUGCGGCCGUAUCUCGGCCGCAUCAAGUAUGGUUCGGGCGGCCAGUUCUUCUCUCUGCGAAACUUCAAGCUUCACGCCAACCAGAUCAAGGACCUGGAGAUGAAGCCAGCCGACCUGUAUCUGGGGAUGGCUCAUGCUCUUGCCGUUAUGCACUGGGUCGCCAAGAUUGACGGCAACGAUGUUGAGUUCGUCAUCGGAAGUUCUCCAGUGGCGGAGCAGGUUGUUCGCACUGACUACCGUCUUGUCGAUAUAUUGGCCCUGAAGCCAAUGACCAGCACGUACGAACUUCUGACGCACAAACCCCCUGACUUUGGCCGAAGAGUCACCUCAUUGUGGAUGAUUGACUUCGAUGACUGCCAUGAUAUGACCAUGGAUGACGCGGGCAUUGACAAGGCAGUCAAGGCGUUCAUCGAGACCAAUCACUACUGUCCCCGGCCGAAUUCAGGAGACGAUUAA